AGCCCUGUGAUGAAUCUGCRACCUGUCCAGGGUGAAUCCUGUCUCUCACACAGUGACUUCAGGCAAACGAGUCCUGCAAGGGAGGUUAGCCUCCUCCGCCCUCCCGUCUUCUGUUGUCCAGGAAAAAGAAUAAACAUCCGAGAACCACUGGAGAAGACCUCCAAGUGGCUUAUUGCUGAAACAUCGAGUGGAGUGCUUCGUCUUUGGCAUGACGACCCAACAGGAGCCAYGUGCAGUGAAGGACAGCAGAGGUUACAACGCUGCGGGCAGAAAAGACUUUUGGAAAAGGAGGACGACGGUAGCGCUUUCUCAGAAAUGCCUUUUUUUCCCCUCUUUCACCAGUCAGUUUCCUGAGUAUGACAAUUUGUACUGCAAAUAUUGUUAUGUGUACGGUCACGACUGGGCUCCCACCACUGGGCUGGAAGAAGGAAUCACUCAAAUAACCUGCAAAAGCAGCCAUUCCCACAGGUUAAUAUGGAACUUUCCACUGGAGACAACUUUUAAGAGCACAAAUCCUUAUGGAUGGCCUCAGCUGGUGGUGAGUGUGUACGGACCAGAUGUGUUCGGCAAUGAUGUGGUCAGGGGCUACGGAGCGACACAYAUCCCUUUCACACCCGGACUACAAACAAGAACCAUCCCCAUGUUUGUUCCUGAGCCCACGUGGAGACUGCAGAAGUUCACAAGCUGGUUGUUGGGACGACGGCCUGAGUACACGGACCCCAAGGUUGUGGCGCAGGGAGAAGGCCGAGAAGUGACGAGGGUCCGUUCCCAAGGCUUUGUAACGGUUUCCUUCAACAUCAUGACUAAAGACAUGAAGAAGAUAGGCUACGACACGGGACCACCGGUCCCGUCAAACACCCAGUCUGCCACACCUGACCGAUGAUCAGAAUUGCUCGGAUUUAUCAGACUUCAAGGGUGUUUUCUGCACACAUCAACUCCAAACUGAAGUGUGAAUUUACAGCASUCAGCCAAAACAUUAUAACCCCUCCCUCCAAAACAGCUCUAACCAGUCAGAUAUGAGCACACACACAAAUCUGGGAGUAUCUGAAACUAGAACACUCAAUUUAUUCGUUGUCUGUCGUCAGUGGAUUGGGUUUACGUAUCUGUUCCCUUUUUAAAUAAACUGACACGUCAGCUAUUUAAAAGUAGAGUAUCCCACUUGUAGAUGGCUCUUUGAGUCAUCUGUUUGAAAUCAACUCGUCAAACUGAUGAUCUAAGAGCUUGUCAAAAUCGCGCCAAGAUCAAAGUGAUUUAUCUUUUUAAAGCCGUUAUAUUCAAAUUUCAUACCAUUUCCAGCCAGUGUGGUUUGAAAAGGUUUUCUUCCUCUGUCCAUUUCAACUUUUUUUUUUUUUUGGGCAGAAUGAUUUUACACCUGCAGGAAGUCCUUCAGGUUGUGCUGCAAGUGCUACAGCUAGCUGUGUUCAUGCAAAUAACUAGAUGUCUUGCUAAACUCAAAUGGAAUUGAAAAUGGAAAAUGCAGUGGAAAAGUUUUUUUUUUUUAAAUAGGAUUUGCAUACAGCACUGAUUUUUUUAAGGUUAAGUUUAGGUUUCUUACAGAGUUGAAGUUGGCUCGUCAAAAACAAGGUU